CUCUCGAAAAAUGUCCUAUCCGAUGUCGGUACUUGAUGUUGGUCAACACACUGGAUAUGACGGUUUUAAUCACUGGCGAACAUCCAUCAUGGCUAAAUGCCAAAUACGAUUCUUUACCUCUUCAACUCAAAGACAUACUCAUACCUACCGAAUCACCACACCAUUACAUGACGGUAGAAAGUAAUCGACUGUUGUAUAUCUGCAGCCACCCAGUCUCGUCUCCACAUCACAUGUUACUUAUGGCCAGCGACGUGACCGACCUUAAUGCGGGGAACCACCUCUGUUUACGGGUUACAGAGUAUGGAGUCAUUGAGGCCUAUUCAUUGGAGCAAGGCGGCCUCUCUCAGGAUGUGGCCAUGGAUGACAUUUUAUUAAAUCGACCGAUCAUGUCGCUUGUUCACGAAGACGAUAUUGGAUUAUUGUGUAACGCACUUCGCAACCUGUCUGACUGUCGAGUUCGUUGGCAAGUGAAUCCAAGUACUUCGUACUGGGAUGAAGAGCAUGUUAAUAUUUAUUAUGCUUGGGCAAACAUCUAUGUCCAGCAACAUGAAGACUGGUUCAUGUGCGUUAUCCAAUUGCCAAAUCCUUCCAUGGAAUGGUCCAUACUCAACCUAGCUAUUCAUCCAACCGCCUCUGGACUACUACAUAUGGCACAGAUGAGAUUGAUCAACAGUAACCUUUAUCAUGCGAUGGGAUUGACAAUCAGGGCGUUUUCCAAAUUCAGCACCUUGGCCAUCUUAUCUCUGACGAAAGAAAACCACUUGCUACAAAAAUAUACCAACACCCUGAAGUCAUCUUUGCGCCAUCAGGAAAAACGACCGCCCGUUCGAUACGUACUGUCUGUUUUAGCGCAUCUCAACAUACUCAGCUCUCCUUCCCAACCUAGAGAAUUCGUAGAGGAUGCUUUGGAUGUGCUCACCAAUAUGAUGAUCCUCUCUGAAUCAGAUCCCACGCCACAAUCUAUUGUUUAGACGCCCUUUUGAUAAGAGCGGUAAAUUAUUUGCGUUCUCUCACUUGAAAAUCAAAAUUGUAUAUAAUGUAAAGAAUGAAUUGGUACGUGCUAUUUGAGCUGCACUUUUGUUGGUUUAAGAUAUAAUAUAAAUAAAAGAAUUUCUGUGGUUCUCUAC